UUAAACAAUCUCAAUUCAUUUUCACAUUCUCUCUCUCUCUCUCUCUCUCUCUCUCUCUCUCCAACAAACUCAAAACUAAAACUCAGGACUCCAUUUUCUCAGCUAUAUAUCUAUCCUCUGUCUCUCUGUGUGGUAAGUUACCGACGACAUGGCAGCGAUAGAAAGCAGUUUAGGAGAGAUGUUAGUGAAGGUGGGACUGUUCAUUUUAGUACAAGCACUCGUUUAUCUCAUCCUUUCAAAAUCUUCCAACAUCUUCUCAAAGAACAAAGUGAGGCCUUCUCCAAGUUUCAAGACAGCUCGGUCCGUCAGCAUCCGUAGAUUGCUCGCCUUUCUUGGUGACAUGCCCGCCGGUGGUGAGACUUCUCCAUCUCGAUCUUCUCCUCUUCCUUCCGAAGACAUGAUCAAUUCGCCCACCAACAACAACAACAAGAAGCACAAGUCCCAUUAAGAAACACACAUUUUGAUUACUAAGGAAUGCUUUAAGCAUUUGCAUUUCCCUUUGUAUAAUAACAAUAAUAAUAGUAUAUUAGCCAUUCAUACAUUAUUUUUUAGGUAUUUGAGCAAAAAAAGAUUGAUACAUAUUUUGACUGUAUACUUUGGGAAUUAUUUAUUUAUUUAUUUUUAUCUCUUUUUUCUGUUUUUGUUUUUCAUUGAGUGUUAGAUCCAAUAUGGAUUCCAUUGAUGUACCUAGCCUAGCUAUGUAGAACUAAUGGAUGGUUGGUUUGUUUCUCCAUGAGAAUUGCCAAUAUAUAAAUAUAUAUAUUUAAUAUAUA